AUCGCUGAUCUUCGGAGUUUAUCCCGGUCACAGGUUACACUCAUGUCCUCCUUCAGAAACAAUAGGGGCCAAGGUCUGCAGCCGAAGAUCCCGGUGCGUACUUAUCCGUUAUUAGUACACAAUCCCUUGGACUGAAGAUGACUUUCCUCCACUCCGCUGUUGUAAAGUUGUUGGAUCCGCAAAACCCUGCCACAGGUGGGGCAGGCGGUGUUUGCUGGGACACUUGGGCUUUUGCAUUCUACAUUCCACUUGGUCUUCAUCGAUAGCUUUCGCAGACAGUUGGCCUUUUCAUGGGGAUGCUUUUCCAAUUUGGGCUUACAAUUCCCGAUAGUCAGUGGAUGGGGAAAUUGCAUUUCUUUUAAGGAAGGCUUUGAAGAUGCUUUCGAAACGUUUCUUCUGCCCUCCUGCUAAUGCCUUGUAGAGGAAGUGGUUCAAGGCAGCUCCGAAAAAUUUGCAGUAUCGCCACGGCCUGAAACCCAAGACUUUCCAAUUUGGAGUAGAAGCACCUGCGAUUUGCCAGUACAAUGUUAUUAACGUAAUUAUAGUGGGCACUGAAAACAAUAAGUCAGGCAGAAAAAAAAUAGUAAUUGCUGGAGAAACUCACCAGGUUUGGUAGUAUCUGUGGAGAGAAAGCAGAGUCAACAUUUCGAGCAGAAUAGGCAAACGCAGGUGUAUUGAGUUCGGUCACAGAUCAAUCAAGAAAUCAGUGGUUGGACAGCAGUCACCUAAUUGUCUACCAGAUAGUGGUCUUUCCAUGAAAAACUGUGGCAAAACAUCAUUUUUGAAAGCUGAGGAGCAAUACUCUGAAGGCCAAACACAUCUUCAAUCUACAAAAUCUACAGUGGCAGACAUUAACUUACAGAAACUGAAAGAAGAGAACAAACUGUUGAAAAAUGAGUUGGAAAACUUAAGAUUGCAAUAUCUGCAACUACUGGAAGAAAAAUGGAAUGGGCACCAUGAUGAACGACGCGUAACUCUACUAAAGGCUCACGUAAUGCAGCUGGAGAGACAGGUGGUGUUACUUACAGAGGCACUGAGUUCAAGAGCUGCUCUGAUGUUAGAGAUUGAAAACACUUUGGAACUAUUAAAUAAACGAUUCAGAUCCUUAUUAAUGUUCGAAAGUCCCACAUCUGAAGUACCAAUUUCACAAGCUGAACUGAUGCAGCUUACUGGAAUGUGUCAAACUCUUCAAAAAAGACUGCAAAGGUGGCAAACGGCAGCAAAUGUUGAAAACCUUUCCAUGAUGUGGUUAAUGUCAGGAAGGAAUCUGAUUAACCAACCUGUGACUCUCCUAGAUCUUUGCUAUGGCAAGAUGGAUAACCUGAACCUUCAGUAUGUAUCUGUCUUGGAAACAAAGCUCUGCAGACUGUACAGACAUCUGAAUGAAAUCAAACAUACACUGAGCCUUAUUCUUGCAUCAGGCCAAGAAUCUCACGAUCAAGUUUGUCGCAUCCUUCCAGGUGUUUUCUAUGCUAGGUUGCUAAAUCAGGCAAUUAGAUGCAACCAAUCACUGGAAGACUGCUGUGUUGAUUUGUUGACCCUCACACUGAUUGUGCCUUCUGCCCCUUGGGCAAAACUAAAACCUCCAUUCUGCCAGGAAUUCACUGUGGAGAAUAUGCUUUCAGUACUCCCUCCUUUUCCAAAAGGUCCUACUCAACGGCAGGCAAGGAAGGCUGUUGAGGCCUUAGUAAAAGCAGUUAACUACUCCAGGCUAAUGACUUUGCAACAGGUUAAAGCUCAACAAGUUGAAUUGGAUUUCCACAAUUCCAUGUAUGAUAUUCAAAUGAAAUUCACGGAGGCACUUUUGCAAGCAAUUAAGCAGGCAUACCAUUCCUUUCAAAACAAUGUAGCUAAAGUUCUAUGUUUACCACUACAGGAAGUGCUAACUUCAUAUACGAAUCUUAAGGAGAUGACUACUGAAACAACACUAACAGAUUUUUUAACAACUUUUAAAAUCAAUGUGGAACAAAUGCAGGAUGCAGUGAAUGAUCUGACGCCAUUCCAAGAUCAGCAUAGUGAUGGUGAUGAGGCUCUGUCCAGAUUUGGGAGAGAAUUCUUCCUUUCCUUGGAACGCUGUGUUAACGAUUGUAAAGAACAACGAGACACAUUGGCCAACGAACUUGAAACUUUGAAGGAAGAGUUCAAUCAUGCUCUCGAAGCUCUUCACAAUUGGAGAAAAGAGAACAUGGAAAAAAAGACUGAUGGUGGACAUUCCUCACAAUUUGCUUCAAAGCAAGGAAAACCAGAUGGAAAAGUAAAAAUAGGUGAAAAUACCAGCACACCACAAAAUGAGGCAACAAGACAAGAGCUUAAAACUGAAGCAUUUACCAUUGCAACAGCUUCUUCUCAAAACCUUAAGUCUAGGGAACUGAGGAUGUCUAAUGAAAGCAUAAAUACAAUUUUAGCACCGCAACAUGAUCUCUCUAAACAGAGCAACUCUGAGAAAUGCAUCAGUCAAGGUACAGCUAAACCAGUCCAAAAAACCAAAACUAAAAUGAAACAACAAAGGCCACCUUGGCAGGACUGAGCAAUAGUUCUUCUGUUACUUGGCACACUGGUAUUUCGAAAUUAUUAACUGUCCAUGAGUAGAAAAAUAAAGUCAGAAGGCUAGGGUUAAUGGCUCAAUGACAUUGCUGUCUAAGCAGCAAAUGCACUAGGGCUUCCACAGGAAAUGGAAUGCGUUUGAAAAUUUGUUUUCUGGUGUUAGUCAGAGUUCAUAUCUUUUUUUCUUUAUAAUUUUUCUGUUACUCUACUGAGGCCACAGAUGUGAACAAUAGAUUUUCUAUCUUUUAAAGAGAAAAGAUUUAUAUUUUGUGUUUAAUGUACCAUAUGCAAAAGAGUGUGUGAGCUUUACUUCAUAUCCAUCGUUAAUGCUUGGAUUAUAACCUAAAACAAAUUUGCAACCUAAAACAAAUUAAAUCAAGCAAUGGUCUCAGUUCUGGGCUAAUAUAGUGGAGGUACAGCCCCUCCUCAGGGCAGUGUGUGUACAGAUAGGCAGGGAAGGCCACAAAGCCUGCUUGAAAUACAAGUCCUACCCCCACACCCCAACCUUUCAUUGGGAGACCAAUGUUCCUGUUACUCCAAGUGAUCUACAUGCCAAAUAGAAAAUUUCAGUCAGGCUCUGUUAACUCAUUUUAAUUGUAUCUUGGCUACUAACACUUGUGAGUGAAUAUAUCUUCCCUGCUCCCCCUCACUCCCUUGUUUGACUCUGCUAGGGCUGGCACACUGGCUUCUAUUCUCGUCCCAUAAGGGCAAAAAGUCUGCCCGUUGUUACUUAAUUUGCAGUCUUAUUUAGGAAUACAGUGAAGGCUUUUAGUAUCAGUUAAAUUGAAAGAGUUUUGUUAUGUACUAUAAUACCAGCCCCCACUCUGUAGGAAUCUUCAGAUCCAUAAUUUGAGAUUGAGUUCUUUUACCAUAUAUUGUUUCUUACAACUGCCGAAUAUGCCAAGAGUGAGAUCAAUGUCACUCAACACUAUUAUGAAGUAAAUUAAUCAACAGUAUUGUCUAUAACGAUGACUACAAAUGUGCGGUUAAACAUGGAAAUCCAAAAGUUUCUGUUAGAGUAAUCCCGCUCUUCCAAACCCUGUACUAUAAUAAUACCUCAUUGAUAGACUUGGUAUUGAAAUCACCUCAAGGAAGUGAGAUUGCUGUUCUUACCCACUAGUACAAAGAAACACAUUAGAAAUAUUAGGGUCAAUGCAUUCAGAUGCAAGUGAGUCCUUAAUGUGAUAAUUUGCAAUUGCCAUCAAGGAAACUUAUACACGAAAAGUUUAAUUUUGCAAGCAUGGAGACUCAUUUGUUCAUAAAUUGUGUUGCAGAUUUUUUUCAUUGUCACUUCUAUCUCUCUCUCUCUCUCUAUCCUCUUUAUUUUGCUUUCCCUGACAAAUCUAAUUAAUUGCUUGCUAGUACAGAACUUAAGCUUUGUUAAAAGGAGAGAAAAAAAUGCAAAUGCUAUAAGUGCAAAAUAAACACCUUUGACUUCUUGUCUCCUUU